AAAAAAGCCCAGAGCCAUCAAUCUGGGCAAACCCAGAUAUAAGCCCAAUAUAUUAAUCCGGCAUGUUGGUAUCAAGCGCAGUAUAGGGUUUUAUAAGGAUUUAAGAUUACGAUUGUUGAGGGAGGCUGGCUAGUAUAGGGCAAACUACCGAAGCACAACCAAGACUAGUUAGCCUGCUAAGUCAAGAAUGCCUAAAUCCAAGCGUAACAGACCAGUGACUCUAUCCAAGACGAAGAAGAAGGAUAGAUCCCACAAAGAGAACAUUAUAAAUAUGAUCAGGGAUUCUGCUGAGAAGCAUAGUUUCGUUUACGUUUUUGGCUUCGAGAACAUGAGGAAUCUGAAGUUUAAAGAGUUCAGAGAGCAGCUUAAAUCUUCUAGCAGAUUUUUUCUCGGUUCAAAUAAGGUUAUGCAGUUAGCAUUAGGUCGCUCAGCUGCUGAUGAAAUUAAACCGGGUCUUUAUAAGAUAUCUAAGCUAUUGCGUGGAGAUUCAGGACUUUUAUUCACUAAUUUGCCCAAGGAAGAGAUUGAAAGAUUAUUCAACCUUUAUGAAGAAUAUGACUUUGCGAGGACUGGGAGUCUUGCAACAGAAAAGGUGGAGCUAAAAGAAGGCCCUCUGGACCAAUUCACUCAUGAGAUGGAGCCAUUUUUGCGCAAGCAAGGAAUGCCUGUUCGGUUAAACAAAGGUGUUGUUGAGCUAGUUUCAGACUAUGUUGUCUGUGAAGGUGGGGAACCUUUAUCCCCGGAAGCCGCUCGUAUACUGCGUCUGCUUGGCAUCAAGAUGGCUACUUUUAAGCUACACCUGAUAUGCAGGUGGAGCCCAGAUGAAUUUGAAGUCUAUAGAGAAAAUUUAGAAGAUUCUGAUGUGGAAUCUUCAUAGGGAAUUCAAAACACGUUCUCUUUGGUAAACACCGUCUUUGUCUGCCAAUGAUGUGAUUUGGAGAAUGUUUUGUUAAACGCCUUUAGGCAAUUGCAGGCGGUGCACUCUUUGGUGUGAGCAUCAUUUGGGUUUGACAAAUUUUGCUUGCAUUAGGGAGUGUUGAAUCUUAGAGACUUAGAGAUGGUGCAAUGAGUGCAAGAGAUUCUCAGUAAUGUGUCUUGAGCAUCAUUCAAUGUAAUAUGCGUUUUUAUGUUCCCCUGCAAGACAUGUUCAGCGCAAGAGAUUCUCAGUAAUGUCUUUUAUGCGUUCUUAUGUCUUUUAUUAGUGUAUCGAGUGUUCGUAACUAAAUUUGAAUGAAUUUACUACAGAACUUGUGGUUGAAACAAUAUAAUUGAUUGUUUGGAAGAAGGUGGC